AUGGCGAGAUUUGGAAGGAGGAGAGAGUUGUUUCUCCUGUUGGUGAUUGUAUUCUCAAUAACAGAUGUGCUGGCCCAGUUUGACUGUUCCUUUGACAACGGUUUAUGUAGUUGGACUCAAGAUGCUUCAGACUAUAAGGACUGGACGAUACAGUCUGGUCCCACGACAACAGGUGGCACUGGACCUUCAGGGGACCAUACAUCGGGAGACGGCCAAUACCUCUACGUGGAGUCCAGCGACCCGUUCAUCAAGUAUCAAUCGAUCCGUCUAAUCAGUCCUCAGGACCAGGUCCAAGCCGGCGGGACUACAUGUUUCGAGUUCUUCUACCACAUGUAUGGAAAAGACACCGGGGAGCUGAGGGUGUACGUGGCCAAAGCUGCCGGGGAGUUACCCGUGGGGAAUGAGACCUGGAUACGUUCCGGUGAUCAGGGGAAUCAAUGGAAUCUUGGACGAAUUGAUAUAACUCGACCCGAUUCAGAUCCGUUUAUUAUCACAAUAGAGGCUUAUCUGGACAAAACUGACUAUGGCGAUACAGCUAUUGAUGACGUCAGUAUAUCAAACGGAUUCUGCUCGGAAAUUGUAGUCACUCCAGCGCCUUCGACUAUCCCAUCCUUGUCUGAAUGUGACUUUGAGAAUCCUGACCUCUGUGGUUACUGGCAGCAGAACGUUACCGAUGACCUUGACUGGUACAGGGUCAGAGGUCAGACAAAUACUGCUAACACCGGGCCAUCGAAUGACCAUACAUAUGGGACUGAUGCAGGUUAUUACAUGUACAUCGAAUCCUCAUCACCGAACCAAGAUGGGGACACUGCGCAACUAUGGACCACUCCAUUUCCUGCGCAGGGGGGUCACUGUAUCGAGUUCUCAUAUCACAUGUGGGGUGAUAGCAUGGGUACGCUAAAUGUCUACGUGAUCCCAAGUGGAGGUGACGUCACUACAUCCGUGCCUGUAUGGACGAGGUCAGGUGACCAAGGGAAUACCUGGAGCAUGGCGAGGACUGACGCGUCAGAUAUAGGAGAUUUCCAGAUUGUGUUUGAAGGCAUCAUUGGUCGAGAUACAUCCGAUAUGGCUAUCGAUGAUGUGAUCGUAUCGGAUAAUACAUGCCAGGAACAAGGUCAGUGUACUAAGGUCUGA